UAUUAGGACAAUAACAUUUAAACAUCUAUUUGAAUUAUUAACAAUAUACAUAUAUUUGCAUCAAUUUAUAUCAAUACUUCACUUGUGAAAGUGCUUGACAAGGAUAGCAUAAAUAUAUUUUGAAACAUGUAUUUUCUUCAAUUGUCAGCGUUUAUCAUUUUGUUGUUCAUGCACAAAUCACAUAGUCUCCCAGAAGGAUUCUGUAACAGGGCUGAAAGUCAACAGAUUUUAAGAAUAUGUACAGAGGACCGGAUGCAAGAUGCAACGACUGCUUAUAUUGAUACUUUUGAGGCUUCUAAAUUUAGAAACACAUCUUGUGAAUGUCACAUCUUACCUUCUAGUCACUACACUAUUUUGGUGUUUAAGAUGAUAAUUAUCACUCAAGGGUCACCAUUGAAAUUUGAAAUAAAGGGAAAAGUUCUUGAUAAAAAAACUAGCGCACAUAUAGUACGUAUCGAGGAAAACACUAAGCUUAAGUUUAUUACUCAAACAACUCGGAAACAAGAGGGAGCUUGUCUCGCCAUCUAUCCAAGAAAACCAAGUCAAGAAGGCACAUUCAGUAUUAAUUGCAAAAAUGUUGUUACAACAACAACAACAACAGGAACGAUGCCAGUAUCAAAUUCAACUAGUCAAAUGACUGAAACCAUGUCUUCUCUGUCAUCAAUAUCUAAAUCCCACACAUUUUCAACAAAAAAACAGAAGUCAACUGCUCAAACAAAAGUCGGUCCUGAAAAUACAACAGACAACGGAAGUAGUGGCAUUAAAGUACCAAUUGUGGCUGCAUGUAUCGCUGCUUUCAUAUGCUCAGCAGGUUUUGUAAUUCUUAUCGUUAUAAUUUGCAGAAGGUUUGUUCUAUAAUUGUUAAUAUGAUUUUUGUUUUGUAUUUGUUAUAUUUAUAUACCAACAUAUGUUGAUGUGUUGCUUGACAAACGAAAUAAAAUUAAAGCCAAUUGGAAAUCAGAGCAAUCAGACUCAUAGUUUAGAUCUAUUUAAGCUAUUUCUUGCAUUCCUCUGCAUUUGUUUUGCCUUUAUUGUGAUUCGGAUUUCCCAAGAAAGCUAUUUUAGCCAUGCAAUCAAAUAGAGAAAAUAAAAAUUUUUAAAGAUAAUAGAUUAUUAUUAUUAUAAUAUACCUGUAUCAAUACAACAAACUAACUAUAGCAUCGUGGAAGGAAAAAAUAUUCAUCAAAGAUAAAAUACAACAUUCCAAAUCUUAAAAUACACUAACAGAAUAUAAAUCUUGUGAUUUGCGAAAAAAAGUUCAAUUACGAACAUACGGUACAGAAUGUCUUGCAGCAUCUGUACAUGUACCACAUUGGUGAUUUAAUCCAGUGUUUUAUAGUAUUGCACAUUGGAUACCUACGGCCGAACCAUUCACAUUGGUCAUAUUAUUUCGCCGAUAUCGAAUCGAUAAGAGGUGUGCCAAAGACAACUUUUCAUUGGUUGCCUCAUAAUUUUUUGAGACGAUUAAAACCAAUCAAAACGCUCGUUCUAUACGACGUUUGAUGAGAAGUUAAUUCUAGAAAAUAUAUAACAACUGUGGUCUCUGCUUGUGGAAUUAUUUUGUUUCGGGAUAGUUUUGCCUUUAAUAUUGGAAGACACGUGAAACAGGUUUACAUCGUGGACACUGCUAUUUUGUUUCUGAUAGUUGUUUGACUUUCAUCUCGGAGAAUAUGAAUUUUGCUAAACACGAUUUCAUUGGUUUAUAUCUUACGUACAUGAUGCUGUUUAUCGACACAAUUUAACAACAAGUGAUAACAUGUUAUAUUACAUGUAAAAUCAGCCGUAGGUAUCCGAAGAUGAUUUGUUGCUGAUUUGUUAUUACAGUUGCACACUUGUUAAUAAUAUAAUUAAAAGUAUAGUUGCAUGUACUAGUAUUUUCUGAUUGAAAUGUUAUUUUCAAUAUUGCGUAGUAGUAAUAUCAAUUGUACACGUGAUGCUUAUGAAAAGGUAACAUGUCAUCUUAAAGAGACUCCACUGAGGUUUAAAAUCCUAUAAACAAAACAUUUGAAUUUCUUACAUAAAUGAGCUGGGGCACUUUAAACAGAAAUAUUUGCAAAGACAGUUAAGAAAUAUACUUUGAAAUAAAUUGAAAAUCGUAUUUCUAUGUUUUUCUAAGCCUAAUUUGAGUGAAAAGCGUUUAAACGCUUUUCAUUUUGGGUCAUUCUUUUACAAUUUGAAUAAUUAUUCUGGAAAAACGAUGUGCGGGAAUGAUCUGAAAUUUUGCACAAAGUUUAUUUGUCUCAACCUACAUAAAAUUGAACAUUUAUCUGGAAAAAUAUUUUCAGUCCCAUCAUGUCAAAAAAACCUCAAUGGAGUUCCUUAAAUAGUAUUAUCAUAACUCACAUUUGGAACGAUUGUUGUAAUGAUGGAUCUAGUGUUUGUAUAUUUAAGGCAUCGGUCUUUUAAAGAAAAAAAACAAUCAAUCAAAUGAAGUCACAAUGUCUGACUUAGACCCUAACACAGGACAAAGUGAGUGUGAUACUAACACUUACGAAAUACCUGACCAAAAUGUUUAUGAAGGUCUAGAUAGGCAAGACAAUGUUUCAUCGAGUGAAAUGUACCAGCAUCUGUAUACAGAAACCAAGAAUCCAGAUUGCGAAAUGGAUCGGUCUGUUAAAGAAAAAAGAAACAAUCAAUCAAAUGAGGUCGCAGUGUCUGUCUUAGAACCUAACACAGAACAAACCGAGUAUGAUACUAACACUUACGAAAUACCUGACCAAAAUGUUUAUGAAGGUCUAGAUAGGCAAGACAAUGCUCUAUCGGAUGAAACGUACCAACAUCUAUAUACAGAAACCCAGAAUCUAGAUUG